AUGUUCAAGAAACGUUCCCGCCCCGCCGCCGUGCGCGAGAAGACGCCAGACACGGGCGCCGACGAGGUCGUCUCGGCGGCGACGAGCGCGCCCGACACGGGCGACGAGCGCGAGGACACCCCCGAGGGACAGAGCAUCGAGCAGAUGAUCCUCCUCCGCAAGCUGCGCCGAGGACAGCAGGGCAUCGACCUGGAAAAGUUCAACCGCGGCGAGGCGCGCAAAAGGCCCAAAGACACCGUCGCAGACAUGGACGCGUACGGCCUGCAGAGCGCUGGCGGCCUGUCGCAUUCUGCCAGUUCCAGUUCCAAGCCGCGAGCAGAUGCCGGGGACGACGAGGGGGAGCAGCUGGCGCGUAAAGUCCGUCAAAACAACUUUACGCAGCAGACCAACGCGCUCGAUGUCAACAAGCACAUGAUGGCAUUCAUCGAGACUGAGAUGGCCAAGAAGAAGGGUAUUGCCGAAGGCUCCGCAGAGGCGCGUGAGCUCGACCCGCAGACGCAGCUGUACGACCUUGCGGACCGGUACAAGGUAGAGGGCGUGCAGGUUGGCGAGGACGAGGAGGGCAACGUGACCAACUCACUGGGCAUGCUGUCUGCCAUUCCAGAAAUGGAUCUGGGCAUGGAGAACCGCCUGCGCAACAUUGAAGAGACCGAAAAGGCCAAGCGCGAGCUCAUGGAGAAGCGCGCACAGGAGCAGCGCAGGACAGACGACGACCCGCUAGCGUCGACACGAUUCUUCCGUGGCCAGCAGCGCGAAGUGGACAUCCAGCGCGAGAUGAAGAAGGCACGCCGCGAGGCGGCCGGUCUCGAGCCGUACCAGCACAAGGAGCGGGCGCCAAAGGCCGAAAUGGCCAGCGACGAGGUGGUCAUGGAACGGUUCAAGAAGAGAUAG